GGCUGAACAGACCAACUACGUCUAAAACAAUGCGCCAGCGCAAACUUCCGCAGUGACGCUCUUGUGCCAUGUGCGCAGGAAAAACAACCGAGGAGCUGCGUUUAUGAAACCUGAAGGAGACAAGUAAACCACGUGUCCACCGCUGAGGACUGAGUCAGAGAGCUGUCACUAGUUAGACACCAGGAGCUGCCCGACUGCAAGUAACCAGCUAACCCGGUUAGCCAGCUAACUGGGGGUUGGUUGUGGCCAUGGCUCUGUACGUGAAAGCCGCAGAUAUCCUGGAGAAGGCGGAGAGGAAGCAGGGCGCUUUGAAGACCCUGGUGUACGACAGUAAGUUCUCCAACAUCAAGCAGCUGUUCGCUCUGGUGUGUGAGACCCAGAAGUUCUCCUCCGUCCUGCUGGAGCUCAUCGAGUCCACCAAGCUGCUGAAGCAGACCCGGCUGAGGCCGCACCUGGCCCUGGUGCUGGUGUACGACCUGCUGAUCGGACAGGGCCUGAAGUGCGGAGGCUCCUGGAAGGUGAUGAUGAUGAAGCACCGCUCCAGGCUGCAGGCGGCGCUGGCCCGCAUGAAGGUGAAGCAGAAGGUCAGCCGGAAUGAAGACCUGCUCCCGGCCGGUGUCCAGAAGGCCGCCGGGGAGAGCCUGCCCAGGUAUGUGCGUGUGAACACCCUGAAGACCACCGUGGAGGAUGUUGGGGUCUACCUGAAGAGGGAUGGCUUCACCUUCCAGGGGAACGCCUCCAGGCUGGAGGACCUCACCCUGAAGGAGAAUCACUUUGUGAGGGACAUGCACCUGCCAGAGCUGCUGGUCCUCGCUCCUAAAACUGACUUCCAUGACCACUUCCUGUACAAGGGCGGGCACAUCAUCCUGCAGGACAAAGCCAGCUGUCUCCCCGCCUAUCUCCUCAACCCUCCACCUGGCUGCCAUGUCAUAGAUGCCUGUGCUGCCCCCGGCAACAAGACCAGCCACCUGGCCGCCAUCAUGAAGAACAAGGGCAAGCUGUUUGCUUUUGAUAUGGACGCCAAACGACUGGCCACCAUGUCGACUCUCCUGCUCCGAGCCGGGGUCACCUGUCAUCAGCUGGCACACCAGGACUUCCUGAAGGUGGACUCUGACGGGGCGCAGUAUAAAGAUGUGGAGUACAUCCUGCUGGAUCCCUCCUGCAGUGGAUCAGGUAUGGUGUGCCUCCGGGACAGCACCUCUGCCGACAAGGAGAAGGAUCAGGCUCGUCUGGCCUCCUUGGCCUCUUUCCAGCUGCGGUGCCUGAACCACGCUCUCAGGUUCCCCCGCGUGAAGCGCCUGGUCUACUCCACCUGCUCCGUCCACAGCCAGGAGAAUGAGGACGUCAUAGGAGCCUGUCUGCAGCAGAACCCCGGCUUCAGGUUGGUUCCUCUUCUGGCUCAGUGGCCUGAACGAGGCCUGGAGCCAUUUACUCAGUGUCUGCGCGCCAGCAUCGCCACGACCCGCACACAAGGCUUUUUCGUGGCGAUGCUGGAGAAACACAGUGAGGUGGCAAAUACGAAACAGGAAGCUGUUCAGAUCAGCGGCCCUGAGGCGACAACUACACACAGUCAACAUGCCUGCGAGGAGAAACCUGAAGAUCCCCAGUCAGAGGACGAACAGACACCUGCAGCAGACGUGAUGCCCUGCAGACAAACUGACAGUACACCAGGCAGGAAGAGGAAGACGACGACACCUGAAGAUCCCCAGUCAGAGGACGAACAGACACCUGCAGCAGACGUGAUGCCCUGCGGACAAACUGACGGUACACCAGGCAAGAAGAGGAAGACAACGACGACGACACCUGAAGAUCCCCAGUCAGAGGACGAACAGACACCUGCAGCAGACGUGAUGCCCUGCGGACAAACUGACGGUACACCAGGCAAGAAGAGGAAGAGGAAGAGGAAGAAGAAGAAGAAGACGACGACGACGGCCGCAGCUGCGGCGGCAGUGCCGGCGGCGGCAGUGGCGGUGGCAGAAAGGCGCCGGUGGCAGCGCCGGUGGCAGCGCCGGCAGUGCUGGCAACGGUGCCGCCGGCAGAGUGAUAAGAAGAAAAGAACUUGCACAUUAUGUUGCCAGGAGCGAUUGUUUGCGAAGGCCUAUGCUAAUUUCCAAUAGAUACAUGUGUGGAAUGUGAAUGAGAAGUAAAGAAUAUUUUUAAUGUA